AUGUGUACCGGAAAUUUACCUGUGGUGGAUUGGGAGCUACUGCCCAAAGUAGAUCAACUCAAGAGUAACGACAUCGCCCCGCCAUCAAAUUGCGCCGGUAGCAUAAAUACCCGGAAUUUGGGUGUAAGAUACCCCACUUCUGUUGCUGGCCAACGGAAACAAUCCUCGCCUAUUUCCCCAGGUUGUACCGCACCCUCGACACCUUUUCACAGCAACGCACAAAUUCGGCUCUUCAAUUCCAUGAGUGCACUCAAGUUGUCCAAAACCUCUGCAGGGCAGGCGCGCGGCGCAUUUGGGCAGGUCAAAAGGCGAUGGAUCCAUGGCUCUCUGAAAAGACAAGGCAUAUUGAUGCCUGCUAUGUCCCCUUUGAUGACGGAGGGUACAAUUACGCGCUGGAAGAAGAGGGAAGGCGAGGCUUUUGAGGCUGGAGAUGUCUUGCUGCAAAUUGAAUCAGAUCUCUAUAUGGUUGACGUUGAAGCUCAGUGUCCAGGUAUCUUGGGUAAAAUUUUGAUACCCGAUGGAACGUCUAACGUGCCGGUAGAGCAACUCAUUGCACUGGUCGCCCGAGACACGAACGAGCUCGCUGUAUUGCAAAAUCAGUCAAAUUUGCCUCUCCCUCCUGCCUUGAACUCGUUGCCUGUACCGCCCAGUACAUCAGCUUCCUCUCCUCGUCAAUCAUUCAAACCCUUGUCAUCUCCACGCACACCUACUAUGUCUUCUCGUACUCCAUCUUUGUUUGAGAUGCACACUAUGGGAUAUGGUCAACGAAAUGCACACAUAGGCGGCCCCCGCGGAACUAUACCCAAACCUCUGGAAUCACUUGGUCUCGACACAACCUCUGAAAUUCGGGUUGCCAUGUCGCCUUGUCUAACACCACAAUGGCUAGCUUCACAGACGCAAACUGAGGUGUCUUCGCCGUUUACCCCUUCCACCACGAAAUGGCCAGCAUCUGGCGGAGAUGUAGAUCAAUUUCAAACUGAGGGGGCCGCUCUCCGGAGGAUGAUUGUUUCGAAUCUUUCACAAUCCUCUAGAGGUGUUGAGAUUGAGGAUUGGCUAUGA